UGUUGGUAUAGGCGAGUAUGCCCUGAGCCAGCACGUAGAAUUUCGUACGGAUAAUAUCGGGCCCGCUCACAGCUUUGACUAGGCGCAUGCCCGGCGCGGCGCGGGAUGAAGCAUACAGAAUCACAGGGAGAGAGACGUCCAGUAUUUUUAUUUUGUAAUGGUUCAGCCUUACUCGUUUCGGCACACAGUGUGUCUAUGUAAUAUCCGCAGUGAGCAGUGGUGCGUGCAUCGACAAUAGAGCUGAGUUUGUUCCACUUCCCGUUAGACGAGAAGGAAACUCUCGUUCCUCCACAUUUUCUGGACUCUUUAAUUUUGCAGCGUAUCGGCUGCCUGACGAGUGGUGCGCGUGCGGACACUGCAUAAACCGUACUCGAAUGCGCUCGCAUUAAGUGGCCAUUUCUCAGUUGUGGCUGGCGUUUGCUAUCGCUAGCAUUAACACUCUUGUGAACCUGAAGACUUUAUUUUGCCCAUACACUGCUCCAAAGUUUUGAUCACGCUACGAGACCCAUAAGCGUACAACCGGGAAUCUGCGGUGCCUUUUCCUUCCUGCCUUGCGCUUUAUGUAUUCCGCCAAUAAUUUGUGUACCGUAUAACGGCGUCUGUCUAUAGCGCCCGCUUCAUUCAUAACCCUGUGCCUCCUUGUUUUCCCUCAAAGUGCGAAUCAUUGGUCAUCAUUUUUCAUACCAAAGUUAAUGGAAAAGGAUAGAAUAUUGUUGCUGAACUGAUAUCAGUACCUUAUUUCCCAUUAAGUGCUACCCCAAGUGAUUUAAACUGGAGUACUCUAUGUACAACGUCAACAGCAUGAAUCGUGCGGCAGCGGCGCACAGUUACCAUCAGUCGAGAUCGCCGGCUUCUUAUCAGAACAGCGGUCGUUAUCAAUGGUGGCUACCGGUGGUACCGGAGAUGGAUGCCAUCCAGCAGUCAGACGGCUUACAUGAUUCCGGUGGCGUAUCGGAUGGAGGAGGCAGCGGUAACGGUAGUUCAGAUCCCCUAAUGAGUGCCGGAUCCGGGCAUGAUUUAGGAUCUCGUUCGCCAAACAUGACCAAUUCUGCAUUAAGCGACAGCACGGAGUUUCGUGUCAAUGCAGUUAUGAAUAUUCCUGAUUCCGCCUAUGCCACAUUUAACGGACGCCUUUCUCCGUCACAGUUCUCGGGGAAUGCCGGCUCCUAUGCCACACUAACACCGCUACAGCCUCUUCCACCGAUCGCCAGCGUGUCGGAGAAAUUCAGCCACAAUCCGGUAGCUACUCCACAGGGCUUUCAUUUUAUAACACCGAAUCACCAACUGUCCGUGCACAACAUAACCAAUACGUACCAGUAUGCGGCUGGAUCAUUUGCUCCCUUAACGGCCAUAUCGGCCCACCAGGCAGCCGCCGCCAGCGCGGGCAUCGGCGGUUAUACAGGUGCAUAUUCACACAAUGGCCUCCAAUCACCCAAAUCGUUUUCCCCUUCUAACGGAUUUGAAAAUCACAUUGCCUUAGCAGCGGCUAACUCUCUUAACUACCCCACUCCUCAACGACAUAAUCUUGCAGGUUCCACGUCGCCCUUCUCCUCAGCUAAUCUACAUUCCAACAACGGUGUCAGUCUGACCAUCCAGCUAGCCGGUGGGCUGUCAGUGCAGAGCAGUGUCUUCGGCCAGUCGCAGCAGGCAUCGCAGCAUUCCCAAGACUCUGAGAAUUCUCACCAUCAUGACCGGGGCGGCGGCAGUCCGAGCAAUCUCAACGGCUCACACUCGCCACCCGGCACCCCGACCUCCUCACCGCACAGUACGAACGGCAACGGUAAUAACCACAACGGACAGAUUGUUGUGGAUAAUAGUCCGGCCAAUUCGGUUAUGAGCGCCACCUCGCACAGUCAUGGCAGUUCGGCUGGUAUGGGGAAUACCAAUGGGUCAGCGGCUCAUGGGAAUAAACACCAUGCCGCACACCGAACGACAAGCCAUUCAUCUUCCGGUAACAAAAAUGCCAACAAUAAUACGACCGCCGCCGGCGCGACGGGCUCCGAUGAAGCGGAGGAUAUCAACACCAAAGAUUUGGCCCAGAGGAUAUCGGCGGAAUUAAAACGCUACUCAAUCCCACAGGCCAUCUUUGCCCAGCGGGUUUUGUGUCGCAGCCAAGGAACCCUUAGUGAUUUAUUACGGAACCCUAAACCAUGGAGCAAACUUAAGUCGGGCCGGGAAACAUUCCGGCGCAUGGCCAAGUGGCUGGAGGAGCCGGAGUAUCAGAGGAUGGGCGCGCUACGAGUCGCAGGAAAUUGGACAUCCCCGCAACCCGCUCCAGUUGGUGUCGUCUCGCCUGUAGUGCCUCAAGUACCCAGUAAACGGAAGCAAGAAAACCCCACGCCCCCUCCAAGUCAUUCCAGUCCGGAGCCGCAGCAACAGCAGCCUAAAAAGCCCCGUUUAGUAUUCACCGACAUUCAACGACGUACCUUACAGCAGAUCUUCAAGGAAACAAAACGACCGAACAAAGAGAUGCAACUUGCCAUUUCCCAGCAGCUGGGUUUAGAACUGAGCACCGUCGGGAAUUUCUUCAUGAAUGCCCGGCGCCGGUCGCAAGAUAAAUGGCAAGAUGAAGGGGACAAGGAGAAGGCCAAGGAAGGCAAAGCCAGUAAAAUUAAGAAGGAACCAGCGCACUGAUCGGAUCGGCAGUGUUUCCCAGCUGCAACCAUCUGUGCAAACAGGCUGCCCUGGGUGUACAGUUUAAUUACGUUGGUUCACAACAAAUGAUCUGUCCCAUACACAUUCUCCACUGAAAAGGAUAUUCCCGCGCGUUUUUCAUUGUACUCAUCGUUUACUCUACCUGUGCGUUUUCCAGUCCGAAUUCAGAUGCCCACAUCGCCGGCUGAUGCGCGAUACGCUGGUGGCAAAAGUCCAACGUUGACAGCAAUAACCUUUACCUACGUUCAAAGGAAAACCGCUCCUUUUAUGCACUGUAAUAGUGUGCCCAGAGUUGAUCCAGAUGUUGCGUUGCAGUUUGUAUUUUUUCUUUGAGUUUCUCAGUUGGUAUUCGUGGAAUCCUAGUCAAACAUUCCCGAUCUCUUGCGCAUUACCAAAGACAAGAUUAGUUAUUUUCCUUAUUUGUUUUAUUUUCACCUCAGUUUCAGUUGGCACUCUAGUCAUGUUUUCCCCGUGGUCAAGUUCUCAAGAUAUUUAAGAGUUUGUUUUGCCAAAUUAUUUUGUUGAUCUCGGUUACGGUGUUUUUGCGUUAAGUCGACGACGGUGAUUUUUUGUUUCGGUUUUCGCUUCAUUGAUAUUUUACUAGUAGUUAAUAAAAGGCAAAAAAACCUACGAACGCAAAUUACUGAGCCCACAUGGAUAUUGGACAAUCUGGAAUCCUUCCAAAUUUAUUUGGAUGUAUCACCUUCCAUUGUCAAUUAAUUGCCGCUAGAAUUGUUACGUUGUUGGGGUAAUCUGUGUUCCAUCAAGUUUUGCUAUGAUAUACGUAAAACAUAACUCCUUUUUGUUCCAAACCUAUCUGACGUUUAUGCACACAGCACCUUAUACAAUAUUAAUAGCAAAAUGUUUUACUUUUUUAGAUCAUCGUUGAAACUCCUUCGCAAGUGUCUUGCAUUUUAGCGGUGUGCGAUUAAUUUUGUGUGAAUUUCUGAUAACUGGUUGCCGGAACGGAAUUCGGUUGUUAUGCACUUUAUUACUAGUUAUACGUACGAGUACUCCUGGUGUUUACGUCAUAC